UUGUUGGGAGCAGUUCUGUCUCAGAAAGCGAGCAUUAGAUUGUGUACAGGUACGUCGAACUGUAGCUUUUAUAUUUUUUAAAAGCUUCUUGGCUUUUCUGGCCACCGGACCACCCGCUCGUCCCGCCACACUCACAGAAUGUCGUCAGAGAACCUGGACUCGGACACUCAGCUGGACUACGAGGACGAAAAACAGGACUCCCAGGAGAAGAACGCCAACCCGGUGAAGGCCGAGGAGGCCAAGCUGAAGGCCAAGUACCCCGGUCUCGGUCAGCGGCCCGGCGGCUCCGACUUCCUCAUGAAGCGGCUACAGAAAGGGCAAAAGUACUUUGACUCGGGCGACUACAACAUGGCCAAAGCCAAGAUGAAGAACAAGCAGCUUCCCGUGGCAGGGCCCGACAAGAACCUGGUGACCGGCGACCACAUCCCCACGCCGCAAGACCUGCCGCAGAGGAAGUCGUCCUUGGUGACCAGCAAGCUCGCCGGCUAGCCUUCGCCAUCGCACCUGGAGAACCCCCCCCCCCCCCCACCCAGCCCCC